CUCCAAAAUGUCAGAGUCCAUUUUAACACUGUUUUGUGGAUAAAGUCCUUCUAUAUUGGUGUUUUAACAUUGAAUGUGGACAAGAUGUCUGGAGUGUUGAAAUACCCAGUUCUGACUGGAAUAAGACGGAUGUUUUUAUUGGUGUCACCAAAUGAAACCUCAUUUGAAAAGUUGGAAGAUGUGCCCAAUUAUGUUGAUGAGGCAGUGCCAUUUUUUAUCAGUCUGGUUCUCCUGGAGUGGGCAGUUCUGUACAGACAGGGCAAGAAACCACGCCUAAAUGACGCCCUUGGCUCCCUUUCCAAUGGACUGCUCUCCCUUUUACAUGGCUUGUUAUUCCGGUCCACGGAGCUGGCAGGCUUUCUGUGGGCAUACACACACUUCAACGUGAUCACGCUUCCCUGGGACAAACCCGCGACGUGGGUCCUUGCUUUGCUGGGUGUCGACUUUGCAUACUACUGGGUACACCGAUUCGGACAUGAAGUGAAUUUUAUCUGGGCGGCACAUCAGACGCACCACAGUUCAGAGGAAUACACCCUUACUUCUGCACUCCGUCAAUCAGCAUUGCAGAAAUAUUACUCUUGGGUUUUCUACCUGCCAAUGGCCCUGUUCAUACCUCCAUCUAUGUUCCUGGUACACACACAGUUCAACCUGAUAUACCAGUUCUGGGUUCAUACAGAGACAAUCGGCAAGUUAGGUCCCCUUGAAUGGAUUCUGAGCACCCCCAGUCACCAUCGAGUUCACCAUGGCAGAAACCCUUACUGUAUAGACAAAAACUAUGGGGGAAUCUUCAUUAUCUGGGACCGGAUGUUUGGAACAUUUGAGGCAGAGCGCGAGGAUGAGAAGGUCGUGUAUGGCCUCGUUCACAACAUAAACACAUGGGAACCCCUACAGGCACAGCUGCACCACCUAAUCUAUAUUAUGAAAACAGCAUGGCAAAUGGAGGGGCUGUCAAACAAGAUAUCUGUGAUGUUAAAGGGUCCUGGUUGGUCCCCAGGGAAGCCCAGACUGGGGCUCAACUCUGACAUACCUCAGAUUGAGCCCAAUCCUGUCAAGUAUGAUAUAGAUGUGGGCGUACUGAGAACAGCCUACAUCUGGGCCCACUACCUUAUCAUUCUGCUGGUAUGGCAUCCGAUGCUCGCCAAACUUAGACAUGAAAUGUCUUCAGUAAUGAUGGCCGGGAAUAUUGUAUACAUCGUCUACUCGCUGUUUGUGUUUGGAUCUCUGUACGACAAAAAGUGGUAUGCCGACUAUGCUGAGAUGGUGCGUGUCUGGUUGUUUGUGGUCAUCUGGAUCUCUGGAAUACCACUUCCUGUUUCAGAAAGCGUCUGCUGGUUCUACGCAACCUGUGCUGUCGUCUGGACACUUGGGGUUGCCAUGGCAACAGUUUCAAAUUCUGAUACAGUGAAUAAGAAACAAAAAUGAGGAUUUUGUUGUCAUGACAUCUAUUGCUUACUGUGAUCAACUUACAACAAACUGAAACGAGAGCAGGGACGGUAUUCAUAAAAAUCUGAAGACAUUUCCUUGCUAAAGUCAUUUUACUAAAUAAUGUAUCUCUUUUAUCAUCUGACCCCAAUUUCUCAAAACUUCUUAAGCUUAACAGACUUAAGUAGCUUAUUUCAAAUAGUCAAAACACAUACUAAAAUGUGAUUUUGGUAAAUGAAAUAUGGUUAUUUGUGAAAUCUAUAAAAUAAUUUACUAUUUAAGGUUGAAUAUCUCUAAAUGAAGUUAAUAUUACGCGAAUUAUAGACAAAGAGAAACAGUGAGAUGAGCUUAAUCUGGUUAUAUGGGACUUAAGAAGUUUCGAAAAAUUAAGGCCUGCUGAUAUUAUAACUUAAUAAUACCUGAAAUACUUUAUAUUCAAACAGAUUAUCCAAAAUACAUACUCUUAUGUUAAAAGCACUUUUAGUUUUCGUUUUUAUUUGACUAUGAAAAAAUUGGUAAAUGAAUUACCGGUAAGUUCAGUAAUGACUUAAGAAUUUUCAUGAAUUUCUUAACUUAAGUUGAUUUUCUAAAAAUUUAAGUCAAAUUUAAAGGAAAGUACAGGACAGGUUGUUUUUUUUCAAAUCUAAGAAUGUAUUUUACAAGUAUUAUUCAUGAAAAUAAAGUAUUUUUGAUAAAAAUUGAGUUAUUAAACAUAUAUCCAGUGAGAUACUAAAAAAUAGCCUAGGAACAAGGCUCAUGCUAGGAAAUGACUGAAGAUGUUUUAUGGAUACUGGCCCAGAUUAUUAUUCAAUGAGUUUGCCUUUAUGGGAUGUGUGAGUUAUGUUGCCGAUUAUAUUUUUAAUUACUAAUUCGUAUAGAACUUUCGAAGGUUUCAUAUUGUUUCCAUUUGUUGGUUGUAUUUAAAGCUGCACUCUCACAGAUUUAGCGUUUUUACACUUUUUUAAUUUUUGUCUUGGAAAGAGCAAAUUUUCGCGUAAAAAUCUGCAAACCAAUGAUAAAAGAUUGCUGACAACAGAUCAGAUCGCGUAUUUGCAUAUUUCCAUUAAAAAUUAAUGAUUUAUGGCUUAAACCAUCACUAAGGGUUUAAGAAACGUUAAUUUUUGAACUUAGAUAUAAAAAUCUGUGAUCUAAUUUUUUGUCAGCAGUCUUAUAUCACUAGUUUCCAUGGCUUUUCGCAAAAAUUGGCUCAUUCCAAGACAAAAAAAUAAAAAAAAAUUGUAAAAAGUUUCAAUCUGUGAGAGUGCAGCUUUAACAAUUUUGACACAAUUUUUUCCUCUGCACAGCAUUUUCGCUCCACCAUUUUUUGCUUUUAUGGGGAAUGGACAUGAAAUAUUUUUGUUUUUACAACUUACAGAUUUCAAAACCUAUCUCUAGUAAGCAUAACAAUUUUUGAACUUUAACGGCCAUCUGGAAUUGAAUUGAAUACAUUGCUAAGCAACAGAAAGUUAUUUAAUUGUCAACAACAACAGUGAAGUUUUAUAGAAAGUGAUCGCAACAAGCGAUAAUGGUGGAAGUUCUGAAAUUUUAUGGUUUGUUUUAUUUUUCUCCACACCAAGCUUGAUGAAAAUUCAUCACCUAUUAAAUUAAUAAUUUAUGUAUUUUUUUCAUUGUUAAUAUCUCUGGUAUAUUUGUCUCUACACAUGUAUGUACAUUUCUAACUGUGAUAUAUUUUACUUACAAUAAACAUCAUUAAAUUA